AUGAUAGAAAGCAACCAAAAGAAACAUGCGAGGGCUAACCGUUGUAUUCACCUCAAAGCCCUUGAUUGGGUAUGUGGGAUGUACUACAGAUAUUCUGUGGAGACGGGAAUCUGUGUCCUGGAGUGGUGGGAAGCUGUUCUUGUGAACAUUUACUUCCUGCUAUUGCUGUCCUCGUUAACCAGGCAGAUAAUAAGGAUGGGAAUUUAUUUAAUACGAAUAUUACUGAGAUACUGGCCCCUUUCAGGUAAAUCCUGA